GCGCGCGCGCAGCAAAACACGCGUUUUGCCAUAACAACAAAAAACAACAGAGACGCAGAAAAAAACCCAACCUAGUGCAGGCGCACAAAAGACAUGCUUUCCAGCCUUUACAUGUCACUAAAAACAACACAAGACGAAGAUGUGAGGAGUCACAAGGCAAGAGUAAAACUCGUCGAUCACCACUUCAAGCAAAUCGCCAAACGGACGCAGAAAUAUGCCACAUUUACCAAAAAGUCGGGCAGCCAAGGGGCGAAGCUUUGUGAAGAAAUCAAGGACUCAUUCGAAGAACUGGAGGAAAGGGACGUAUCAGUUCACAUCGAUAAAUUUUCCAAGUGUUAUUCAUCUGUGCAAAAGCUAAAAGGCGCGCUUUCACAGAACAUACAUGAAAGAAUCGCAACUGAAUUUAGAGUCUAUGAAACAAAGUGCAAUGAACUGAACCGUGAAAUUCGGGAGUGCGAAAACUUGAUUCACAAGCACAAGAACGAAGAGUGUAAUUUGGAAAAGAUGAAAAAUAGAGUUCCAAUGGAUAGGAGAAAAUUUGUCGAGGCUCAACUGCGCGAAGAUCAAGCCAAAAUAUCCAGUGCACACUCCAAGAAAAUGGUUCAAAGAAAGGUCGAGAGAUUUGAGCGGGAAAAACUAGAGGAUACUGGGAAAAUUCUCCGCGAGUUUGUGCGGCUUGAGAUGGAGUUUCACGCGCACGCGCUGCAGACGUUAACAAAGGCAUACCGACACUUGAUGAAUGUCACGGGAAACAGGGAUAAGGAGGAAAAGGCAAAUGCUACAGAACAAUGUGCGGACUCUUCAUCCGGAUCAAGGCUAUCCAUAAGCCAUCUGAACUGAGGGGAAACUCGGUGAUAAACCGAGGCAAAUUCAGUCAUGAAUAAACAACCAAUAACACAA